GUGCGCUCUCACGCUGUAUCCCUUUCCCACAAAACAAAAACGACCAAAGAGGAGAGAGAGAGAGAAUUUAGGAAAAUAAAAACAAAGAUGAAUCUUGGUGGCGGGACUGGUGGCGCCGGCGACGACUCGUCCGCCUCCUCCUCGCUAUCGCAGUGGUGCUACUCCGUGUCACAAAGGUACCAAUAUGUCCUCGAUAAAUCGACACCACACGUACUCCGCCGUUGGAUCGGGUUCUCUUUCGUCGCAUUAAUCUACGCUGUACGCGUGUACCUGGUCCAGGGAUACUACAUCAUCACGUACGGGCUUGGAAUCUACAUCCUCCAGCUAUUGAUCGCAUUCCUGUCUCCUCAGGUAGAUCCCGAGAUCCAGGAACUCAGUGACGGUCCUUCACUCCCCACCCGUGGAUCCGACGAGUUCCGGCCCUUCGUUCGCCGCCUUCCCGAGUUCAAGUUCUGGCACUCAAUCACAAAAGCCUUCUGCAUUGCUUUUGUGCUUUCAUUCUUCAGUGCAUUUGACGUGCCUGUAUUUUGGCCAAUUCUAUUAUUCUAUUGGCUGGUGUUAUUCAUUUCAACAAUGAAGAGGCAGAUAAUGCACAUGAUUAAAUACCGUUAUGUUCCGUUCUCCUUGGGCAAACAGCGUUAUACAGGGAAGAAAGUAGUGCCCACUGACAACACGAACACUGCAAGGCCUUGAGGCUCUAGCUAGAUUGAACCAUUUAAUGCUACAGACUCACAGGUUUGUUUAGGGCAUUAAAUUCUAUUACUCUUGAAGCUGGAGCUUUUCGAAGUUUGGCGGAAGCAAUCAACUCUAUGCUCUUAUGUUUGAUUUUUUUUUCUUUUAAGCUCUUAUUUUAAGCUAAGCCCCCUAGGAUCUUCUUUGGGAGAAGAAGAAUGAGGUGGUUUACCUACUGCCCAAUACUUUCUUAUUAAGUGCUCCACCCUUUCGAUAAGAAAUUGAGUUAUUUAAAUCUGUCUCAAUGUAUAGAUUGAAUUGCCCUGUGUAAUGUAUUUAAUGUAGAAAUCCUAAUGCAAAUUUGAGAUUUUUCCCA